UACUGUAAACAUGAACACCACAGCCCCUCUGCUGCUGCUGCUUCUCACUGCCUGUGUGGCCCACGGUGCCUUAUGGCAGUUAAUGAGCCAGACUAGCUGUAUCCAGCCUGGUGUUAACCCUCUGAAAUACAACGACUACGGCUGCUGGUGUGGCAUCAGAUCAUCGGGAACACCUUUAGAUGAUCUGGACAGGUGCUGUAAAGCUCAUGAUGAAUGCUACGCAAGGAUCCAAAAGACACCUGGAUGCACGGGUUUUGCUGACAAUCCUGUUGUUCUUGUUUAUGACUAUACGUGCUCAAAUCAAAAAGUGACCUGCUCAAGUGACAACAAUCAGUGCCAGGCUGCUGUAUGUGAGUGCGAUCGUGUGGGGACCGAGUGCUUUGCUCGAACCGGAUACAACAAUGAAUACAAAAACCUAGACACCAAAGUCCACUGUUCCAACUGAGUGACGCAACACACAGAAAAGAUGGGAGGAUUUCUUGUUUCUUCUCAAAAAGUUUAAUGUCUUUUUAAUUUGUAAAAUCAGAUGUAAAAGAAGGUUGAUUUUGUGCAAAGGAAUCAGAUUGAAAUAAAGUAGUGAGACUCUCAA